AUUUAUCUUAUCAUCAUCAUCAUCAUCACAUUCUUCACUAAAAGUAACAACACUUAGCUCCACUAUUAUCAUCAGUAAUGUGUUCAUCUGUUACUAAUGUCUUUGAGACUGGCAAAUACACCACUCAGCUACAAACUGUUGAUUCUUGUUCAUAUAAACAACAUGCUCCACCACCAAAAUCUCUUUUGAUUGCAACUCCUAUUGAAGGUGGAAAAUUCCCAAUUCUACUUUUUCUUCAUGGAUAUGUUCUUUCAAACUCAUUUUAUUCUCAGCUUAUUCAACAUGUAGCUUCUCAUGGCUUCAUUGUCAUUGCUCCUCAGUUGUAUACAGUGGCUGGACCUGAUAUAAGUGAUGAGAUAUAUUCAGUAGCUGCAAUAACAAAUUGGCUAUCAGAAGGACUUUGCAAGAUUCUUCCACCAAACAUAGAGCCAAAUUUUCACAAGUUAGCCCUCGGGGGCCAUAGUCGCGGCGGCAAGACAUCAUUUGCUAUUGCUCUAAGAAAACUAAACAUCAUAACUGAUCUAAAAUUUUCAGCCAUAAUAGGAGUUGAUCCAGUUGAUGGAAUGGAUAUGGGAAAGCAAACAUCACCACCAGUUCUCACUUAUGUUCCUCAUUCAUUCGAUUUCGAUAUGGCAACAUUGGUUAUAGGUUCGGGUUUAGGUGAUGUAAAAAGGAACCCUUUGUUCCCUCCUUGUGCACCUAAAGGUGUCAAUCAUGAGAAUUUUUUUAGUGAAUGUGACAAACCUUGUUGGUAUUUUGUGGCUAAGGAUUAUGGUCAUGUUGAUAUGUUGGAUGAUGAUACUAAAGGAGUUAGAGGGAAAGCUAGUUAUUGUUUGUGUAAGAAUGGAGAAUCUAGGAAGCCUAUGAGGAUGUUUGUUGGAGGAGUUAUGGUUGCAUUCUUGAAAGCUUACUUGAAUGAUGAUAAUGGAGACUUGUUGGCUAUAAGAGACAAGAAGGUGAGUCUGCCUGUUGAGAUCAAAUUUGAUCAUUAUGUAUGAAAUUUAGAAAGAUGGGAAGUUUAUGCUUUUGAGUUUUGACAUUUUGUUUGACUUGUAAGUCAAGUAAUGACACAAUAGCCAUAUCUAUACAUUUUACAUGUACAUGAACAUAUGUGUUUUCUUUUAUAAAUGUACAUUGCAAUUGGUAUAAGAGGCCCACACAGGGCAUGAUUAAACAUA